AUGAUAAAAAUGGGACGAUUUUCCAUAAUAUUAAUUUCGUUUUUCUUGACAUUGCACCAAGAAAUAUUGGGGAAAAUUGAUACGAAAAAAAAUGAAGAUCCAGUUGUACAACUACUUCAAGCAACCCAAAAUUACAAAGUUGUAGUAUUAGAGCCAGAAUGUUUCAUAAAUUCAAAGACACCAAAAUUAAUGAAUAGUAGUAAUUAUAAAGAUGAAGAAAAUUUCGAUAGGAAAGAAUUUUUAAUGUACAAUUAUAUCGUUAUAAAUAAUUAUGAAUUUUCGAAUGCAAAAUCAUUAGAAAUAUAUUCAUCAAAAGAAAAAAAUAUUACAAAUUAUUUAAUUUUAACAUUUUAUAUUGAAGGCUUAAGUUUUUUAGUUAAUAAAAAUUUUAUUUAUGACAUUUUUUUACAUUUAAGUACAGCGGGGGACAAUAAAAAGAUGGAGUGUACUAAUAAAUAUUAUGAUGUAUCUUUAUUAAAAUCUAUAGAUGUUUUAAGUCCGUCAGAAUUAGAGAUAUUAUCUGAUCCUAUAAAAUUUACUAUGGGAACAGAGUCUGGUAGUUUUAGAAUUAAUAUUACACAAAUGUUUAUGAAUGAUACAUGGAAGGCUUUUAUAAAAAAUAAAAUAUCUUUUCUUAUUAAACCAGAAGAAGAUUGUUAUGUAUUAUUAGAAGACAAAUUGAAUAAACCCACUUUAGUUAUUGAAAAAAUGUCUUCCUUUUAUACAGAAUGGGGAGAAUGGUCUCAAUGUACUAUGGAAUGUAAUCAUCCAGAUAAUGUUCAAAUUAGAGAAAGACGAUGUAUACAUCCAAACGGGGAUUGUUUCAAAGGAGACUUAAAGGAAUCGAGACCAUGCAAUGUUCCUUUACCUCCAUGUUAUUCGUUAUUUGAAAAUAAAGACUCCUCAAAAUUAAAAAUUACAAUAGUUGCUUUUCCCAUAAUUAUUGUUAUAUGUGUAUUUAUUAUAUUAUAUCGAAUAUUUUAUUCUAAAAAAAGCACAGAAAAAGAAUUAUACGAGAAUGUAGCUGGCCGAUUUAUGUAUGAAUAA